AAAAAAAAAAAAACCCACACACAGAGAUUUCUGAAGCGAGACAAGAGAGGAUGAGACAGUCUCCUGAAGGCAUUGGUGACACUGCUCUGCAAAUACCAAGUUGGAGACCCGAGGUGGAAGGAGGGAGCCAAGAUGUCCGUGCAAUCUUCCCUCUGACUUGGUCCCCGGUGUUCAUCCAGGGCCGGCACGGUGCUUGAGCAGAAGCCACCACCGCUGUGGUUGUCCUCCGAGGGGCUGCGUUUGUCGCGCCGCAGGAGCUGGUCCAGCCCUGAGGGUUUCCUACCUCCAUCGCUGGCCCUUUGCAGCACAGCCCUAUGCUGUCUGACUCCCAGAGAGGAUGUCUCUACCCAAAAUCCAAAUAGAGGAGGCUCCGGACAGCGCAGAUACUGGCUCUGGAAGUGCUGCUCCUCCUGAUGACCACCUAAGGAGCCUUAAGGCAUUGACGGAGAAGCUGAGACUGGAGACCAGGCGCCCGUCCUACUUGGAGUGGAAGGCGAAGCUGGAGGAGCAGGCAUGGAAGAGCCCCCAGCCGUCGGGAGAGGAGGAGGCGACCGAGGCCAAAAAGUCCCUGGGGGACACUGUCCCCUUGAGGAAGGUGCAGAUGCAUCUCAAUGGGAGCCCUGCCCAGGACAAGGUGACUCUUACCUCAGGGAGAAUAGGUGGCUUUGAGAGCAUCGACGAAGCUUUGACGUGGCUCAGGAAAGAACUGGCAGAAAUGCGCCUGCAGGACCAGCAGCUGGCGAGGCAGCUCAUGCGCCUUCGCAGCGACAUCAACAAGCUGAAGAUCGAGCAGACCUGCCACCUGCACCAGCGCAUGCUCAACGACGCCACGUACGAGCUGGAGGAGAGGGACGAGCUCUCCGACCUCUUCUGUGACUUCCCCCUCGUGAGCUCCUUCAGCCUCUCCACGCCGCUCAAGCUCAUCGGGGUCACCAAGAUGAACAUCAACUCCCGCCGGUUCUCGCUGUGUUGAAGGGGGGAAGAAGAGGGAAGGAUGGGGGAGAAAGAGAGAGGACUGGGCAACGCCAGGGCUCUCUCCGCCUGAUGGCUGGGCAAAAAGAGGCCAAAGAGGAGCAGAGGGAACAGGAGCAAACGGAACCCACAGCUGGUCUUGGUGGCAGGGUAGAGCAGCAGAGCUGGGCACUGAGAUGGCCCGGAGAUGCUCGUUGAGAAGACAAGACCUGCAUGGAGGAAGCGUGGAGAGCAUCUGAACCCACCACGUGCACUUAGCUUGCUCCUUUGCAAAGUCCCUUCUCCUUCUCUUCCCCCCACAGUAACUAAGAGGACGCAGCUCCAGUGUGGUUGUUGUACUCAGAAAUCAAAGGAGGGGGGGCAAAGAUCAGCCACAAAGCAAAGCAAAAUCCCUUUUCCCUUCCCCUUUACCUCCUACCAGGCUAGAGCCGUCUCUUCAGAAAAUAAGUCACUCUCCUCCAUGGAUGUCUCCUUGGGCAUCAAUCCUCAGCCUCUGCUGGCGCAAGCACAGGUCCAUGGGGCUAUUUCAGGUGGGAAGCUGAUUUCCAGUGGAAAGGAGCCCUCCCAGCAGGUGAGGGACCAUGGGUUAAAUGGUAUACAGCCCCAAGAAGUGGUGAGAAGAUGUGUUUGUUGACUUGCUCCAUUGAGUCAAGUGUACUCUAGCUUAAUUUUGCCUGUGGUAUAGAUUAUGGACAGAUCAUGGGUACAUUUAUAUAGGGACUCCAGCCAGCCAGAAGUUGCCCGUGUGCCCUAGAAAUUAUACCCAGAGCAAUACGUGUUUCUGUUCUUGUUGUCAGCAGUGGCCACAAGACACCGUGUGGUUACCCCUGCAAGCAGUAAGGCAAAGGAGGUAACUUACACCCAAGACAUCUCCUAUCAGAGAAAUCACCCCAGGCUGACAUUCCCCCAACAGCAGCACCAGCAAAUCCUGGAUCCUCUGUAGCAACACACAUCCAUCAGAGAAACGAACUUCAAGAGGAGAAGAGGGACUUUUGUGUAAUGAACAUAAAGUGUGGCUAUAAAAUUAAAGGGAGAAAUUAUGCUGUGAUGAGCUUCGGACCUGCAGCAAACACAUGGGAUUCCCUCCCUGCUUGGCAGUAUGUAAGAUGGAUGCUGUAUUUUCUUGCCUUUCAGUGCACACAGCUGCACACGUGCCUGUACGGCAGAGACACCCGUGGUCUAGCCCAGCAAGGGCAGGGACUCAAGAAGUCUAGCCGUGGCAAUCUUGGGACACCUGACACCCAAGUCUAGAGGGAGCGUGGGUGCCUCUAGGCUCUCCCUCCUGUGCCGACACUGCUCCUGACCACGUCAGAGUGGUACAAGCUCUCAGCCCAUUGCCCCAGCCCAGCUCUGCUCUCUGCCACGUGCCUGAGCGGAGAGCUCUGCAGCUGAAGGAACGUGACUGUGUCCACGCAGCACCAGCCCAAGCCCUGGUGACGAGCAGAAGAUGCAAGCCAGCGCUGAGCUGAAAGCUGUGUGGCUGUGUUGAUGUGCCUGUACCUGACUGUGUCUGUAAGCUCUGUGUGUGUGCAUAAGUUGUUGUGUGUGUGCAUGUGAGCCCGCAGGAUGCCUCUCUCAGGAGGUUGAGUGGUGGACCCAUGUCUUUGUUCCCAAACGUGACAUGAACCAGAAUCUGAUGAGACUCUGCCGUGCCUGGGAAGAUGCGAUGAGGCUUCAAGACUUGGGGUUUCCACAGGGAGCUUAGGUCCAUGCAGAGAAGACAAAUAAUUCGUCUGCCUCCACAGGUGUCCAUGGGAGGAACAGAUUAACAUCACGAAGGGGUUCAUAGCCACAUGGGGCUGGGGACUGGCAGGGGACUCUGGAGCUGAGUUCAGUCCUCUAUCUCCCAUAGCACGUAACCCCUCGGUGAUGCCUCCCCCUCCACUUCAAAGCUCACUGAGUAUCAUUUCUUUCUGCUAAGGAAGGAGGUAUUUUGGGCACUGGAGCUCUGUCUAUACCAGUAAGUUAAUCAGUGCCAUGCCUGGGUGCUGAAUCUUGUGCUGCCCAGGCACUGAAGGUUUAAUUGGGUUGUGGCCAGACUGUCAGUUGGCCUCUGGACAAGACAACCAGCCAUGAUGCCAUUUAGUUUACUAGUAGAGAAAUGGCCUUAUUUCCCCAUGGACAUCCUGAAAAAGAAAAAAACCACCUCAUCAAAAUUCUAUUUACUUUUUUAAUAAUAAAAAAAUAUCAAUUCAUGUCCCACAUGUUGAUUUUCAGAGGCAUUUUUGAUCAAAAGAUAGCAAUGAUGACUUUUCAGUGAAAAUAAUGCCUUGGAAGAGGGGGACUGCUUCUCUCUAGGAUCAACUAGAGCUGACUGUAGGGUGGACCUGCCUUUGGGCUCUUGUCUGGUAGCCAAAUGCAGGAGGUUAGUACAAGCACAGUCUUAGGAGGUCAUUAUAUGUGACAUUAGAAAUAUCAGACGUCUGGGUUCCAGACAUGUAUUUUCUGCAUUAAGUGGAAUGGGGGAUGGUUAUAACUGCCAGCUGUUCGUUGAAAUGCACAAUUUUUUAAUUACAAAAUUAUGUCUGUAUUGAU